CCACGCUCCCUCCUCUCCCGUUUAUUUCUCCUUUUCGGCUUUGCUUCUCUCGUCCGUUAACAUUUUUUCUCACCUCUGCUCGACGUCGAACACUUCGCGGGAACCGGCGGAAGUUUCCCGCCGCUCCACCGAGGUCGCCAGAGACCCUAUCUAUCGACUGGAGGAGGUAGGGAUGAGGUGAGCCGAGCCGUCGAUGGUUUGAUGUCGUGAUGGGAAUCGAAGGAGGGGGGAAGGGGUUGAUGGGAAGAGUGGGUUUUGGUGUUGCGGUGGGAUGUGCGGUGGUUUCUUGCGCGAUCGCGGUUAUAUUGGUUGGAAGACGAGGGAGGAGCCGGCGGCGGUGGGGAAGGGCGGUGGAAGUGGUUCGGGAGUUUGAGGAGGGAUGCUCUACUUCGAUCGGGCGGCUAAGGCAGGUGGUCGACGCCAUGGCCGUCGAGAUGAACGCUGGUCUCGCAUCGGAAGGGGGUAGCAAGCUCAAGAUGCUUCUCACUUUCAUAGAUAGCCUUCCGUAUGGGAAAGAGUUGGGAACUUACUAUUCUCUUGAUCUUGGAGCCACCAAUCUUAGAGUAUUACGUGUAGAGCUUGGAGGAGCAUCCUCCAAGAUUUUCAGUCAUCAAUUUGAAAGCCAUCCAAUUUCCCCGUAUCUGAUGAUGGGCACAGCUGAGGAACUAUUUGAUUUUAUUGCUAUGACGCUGCAAAAGUUUGUAGAAAGAGUUGAAGGGUUCGAGCAUUCACCUAAUUUGACAAGGGAGCUUGGAUUUACUUUUCCUUUUCCUGUUAGACAAAUUUCAGUUUCUUCAGGCAUUCUUAUCAGAUGGACAAAAGGAUUUUCUAUUGAAGAUGCUAUUGGAAAAGAUGUUGCGCAAUGUUUAGAAGAAGCAAUGAGCAGAAGGGGACUAAACAUUCGGGUUGCAGCAUUGGUUAAUGAUACUGUGGGUUCAUUAGCUCUAGGUCAUUAUUAUGAUGAAGAUACGGUUGCAGCGGUAGUUAUUGGAACAGGAACCAAUGCCUGCUAUGUGGAACGUACGGAGGCAAUUAUUAAAUCUCAAGGCCUCCUUACCAACUCUGGUGGCAUGGUUGUUAACAUGGAAUGGGGAAGUUUUUGGUCAUCUCAUCUGCCGAGAACUCCUUAUGAUAUUGCUCUUGACGAUGAGAGCCCUAAUCAAAAUGACCAGGGCUUCGAGAAAAUGAUUUCAGGAAUGUAUUUGGGAGACAUUGUAAGAAGGGUGCUCCAUAGGAUGUCGCAGGAGUCAGAUAUUUUUGGAGAUGCUGCUCGCUAUUUGGCUGUGCCUUUCAUUCUAAGGACACCAUUAAUGGCGGCCAUGCACGAGGAUGACUCUCCCGACUUGAGAGAGGUUGCGAGAAUUCUACGAGAAAAUCUCGAGAUUCAAGAUGUUCCACUAAGGGCUCGAAGAAUGAUAGUAAGAGUAUGUGAUAUUGUGACGAGGAGAGCUGCUAGGCUCGCCGCAGCGGGUAUUGUGGGUAUAUUGAAGAAAAUAGGAAGAGAUGGGAGUGAUGGAGUCUGUAGUGGAAGAACAGAAGGCAAAUCUAGAAGAACUGUGAUUGCCAUGGAGGGAGGGCUUUAUGUUAGCUAUGCACUGUUCAGGGAAUAUUUAAAUGAAGCUGUGGUGGAAAUUGUGGGUGAAGAAAUUGCUCAAAAUGUUGUUCUGAGGACUUGUGAGGAUGGAUCAGGUAUUGGUGCUGCUCUACUCGCUGCCUCACUUUCAUCAAAACAAUGAAGAUGCCUGUGUAAAUAGAUUAAUUCAUGUGCAAAUAUUUAAAAAAAAAAAAUUACAUGAUUAAUAUGUUUAUAUAGUAAACAUCAUCUCUUAUUUGCUUAUUGUAUUAUUUCAUUGUUUGCGCAGAAGAUUAUUGUCCUUUGUUUUUAAGUGAGGAAUCAAUUGAUCAGUAGAAUUUAGGUUCAUUUGAGAAAAAAAAAAUGGGGAAAGGAUUUGUAAUUCUGAAGUAGGACGAUUCCCUAACACUUAAA